CAAAAUAUUAUUGGAUUAGCUCUUCUCAGGUCAACCACAUUUGUUAAAACAAAAUUGCGUCUCUACUUUUCCAAUAAUUUUUAACAUUUUUUUUACCUUAAAGGUCAGAAGCAUCUUGUGUCUAGAAAUCGCUUAAGAUGCCACGUGGCAAAUACGUUAACCAUAAGGGCCGCUCUCGCCAGUUCACGCCAUCGGAUCAGCUACAGCAGGAGCUGGGAAUGAUGAUGAACUCGGAUCAGGUUCGGGAUCUGACUCAGGGCAAGAGCGAACCCAAUGAGCAUGAGCCGGACAAGGCCUCGACCAGAGGCAUCCAAGACCUCAUAGAGGUCUCCAAUCCUAAUCGCUUGCCGCACGACAAGCUAAUGGUGUUCCCGGAGUUGGAUAAAACCAAAAAGGACAAGACUCGGGAUGAGCGAAAGCUGAAGCAAGGACCUGUGAGUAGCCAGGCCCAGGCUGACCUAGACAGACUUUUCAUCGUCCGCAAGGAACGUGAGGCAGCUGCCGAACGCCGUUUGGCCGCCAAGAAGGCAGCCGCCGAAGCAGAUGCCUCACGAUUGGUGUCUUCCCUCAAGAAGCUCACCAAGCAGUGUCCCGGCGAGGAUAUGAAGUCACCAAAGGCACUGACCCUUCGCGGAAAGUAAGAAGACCAAUAGGAAAAUAUUUAUAUCGCAAGCUGAAGAAAUCAUAAAACAAAACUCAAAUACCUCCUCGCAAGAAACUUGGACUUGCAAAUAUCCUUAACUUCAAGUGCCAUUUCGGUGUUGGUUACGAAUUAACCCAUCGAAAUAAUGCAACAAAAUAAACAGACAGAUA